AUGCGGCUGUCCAACGGCAGCGAAGGGGCUACUGACUCCAUGGUUGAAAUGUUGCAGUUCAACGAGCACUUCCUGGACGAGGACGGUACCAAAUUCAUGUUGAAUCCCGCCGAGCUGGAAGACCUGCUGGGACGCGAUCAGUACGCUGCCGACGGUUCACCGAUCGCCGUGUCAGGGCAACAACAACAGCAGCAGCAACAACACCUCCACGGCGGUCAUCACCACCACGGCCAUCACCAUCAACAACCGAACGUCGUUGAUCAGCCCAACACCAAGCCAACCCCGAAUUUUGCAGACCUCAAGCCGCUGAUGCCGUUCCACACGAUCACGGAGCGCGUGAACAUCAACGGCAUACCCGGCCACCACUACCAAUCGAUCGCGUCCAACAAUCGGGUGGCUGAGAACAACAACAACACGGCCACGGCCAACAACAACAUGUACUAUCAAAACGAAUACCUGGUAACGUCGUCGACCAACGCGGGACUGACCAAGUUCAAGGAGGAGGACACGUUCGUGGAUAAUCAGUUCGAUGAGUUCGAAAUGCUGAUGGGCAGUCCAUCGUUUGGGCCAGACACGACGGUGACGGCAAGCGGCGACCACCCGGCAGUGGACGGUCCCGACGAGUGGCUGAGUGUGGGCGACGACUGGGCGUCAUAUGAACAUCCGAACGGUUCGCCUCAAGACAACAAGGCUGGCAUACUUGCAGACGUCACCAUACACGAUCUGGUGGCCAGUUCCCAGUUUCCGGGCAUGACCAACGGAGGUGGCGGUGGGACAGGUAGUUAUCACCAGCAGCCACCGUCCUCCAUGCAGAAACCACUGUACCAACAGCAGCAGCAGCAGCAGCCCCGUGAGCUGGUAACAUCCAACGUACCACCGCCCGCACCCCGUCCAGCUGCCGCGGCGUUCAUGCCACUGCUCCAGAGUCGGCUGCAGAACGGACCGGCCAACAAAGCGCCGCUCCAAGAUGCCGGCAGCUAUCACAUGGACUGCGCAUCGUCGCCGUCGUCGUCCACCCCGUCGUACCUGGCGCACAGCCCGACAAGUCAUGUGGUCAGCACCACAGACCUGGGCGGUUACAUGCCGUCCGCCGCGGCUGCUGCGGCGGCUGCUGCAGCUGCCGCAGCGGCCGCGUCCGUCCACAGUUCGCGACCGUCGCCCGAGUUCGCACACACUACCACGCCUGGUCAAGGACCUCAUAUGACCACGAAAAAGUCGCGGAACAGGAGUGGCAAGGCAAAGGGUAGUGGAGGCGGCGGUGGUGGCGGUGGUGGUGGCGGAGGAGUGACCGCCCGAAGCACCGUUGUCUACUGUUCGGAUGGCAACGUGGCCAGAGAACGAACGGUCCACAACUGUCAUAUAUGCAACCGCGGGUUCCUGAACAAAAGCAACAUCAAGGUUCACCUGCGCACGCACACGGGCGAGAAACCGUUCCGGUGCGAGGUGUGCCAGAAAGCGUUCCGGCAGAAGGCCCAUCUCAUCAAGCACGCGCAGAUCCACAAACGCAGUGGCCGGGACUGA